AGGGCUGAGCUGCGGAAGGAACGGGACGACGCUGCGGCGGAGAGGGAUGAGCUGCGGAAGGAACGGGACGACGCUGCGGCGGAGAGGGAUGAGCUGCGGAAGGAACUGGAUGGCGCUGCGGCGGAGAGGGAUGAGCUGCGGAAGGAACCGGUUUAUGAUCGGUCUGUUGAAGGUGGCGCGUUGAUUUCGUCGCGCCUUGAUGAUGAUGGUGUGUCCAGUCGUGUGCUGUACGGGAGUUUGGACGUUUUUCGUUCGACCUCGUCGUUGCUGCGUUGGGAGCAGCAAUUUUGUGCGGGUGCAGUUUUGGACAGUGGUUCGUCCUAUGAAGGGAGUGAGCCUUUGAUUGUGGAUCGAGUGGAUGAGGUGCCCGAGCGUGCGUCGAGCGCUCCUUCAUCACGUGAUGCGGUGUUGAGUGAGCUUCGUGUUGUUGAUGAUUUUUAUGAACCAGAACGGCAGCAUGAAGUUUCUGACAACUCGCGUCUGAUGGCUGUCGAGCCUACAGUGGGCUUGUGCCGAAGGUGCAACGGCGCUGCACGGGAGGGGUACACUGUGUCUUCGCUACCGUACAGGGGGCGCCUUCCCCUCGUUGGUAGCGGGGCGACCCUUGGCAGUUUUCGUGACUGA